AUGACUUCGUUGACAAGUAAACUAGAAGAAAUAACAAAAAGACUGCAACAUUUAACUGUUUGGAGACCAAGUGAACGAGAUCCAUUUUUAGAACUCGAUUGUUGGCGUACAGAUGCUCAUGCAACGAUCGAACACAUAUUUAAUAAAAAAAGACAACAAAUUCUGCAACUAAUUGAAAAACAUGAACGAGAAUUUAUGCGACAGUUAACAAGACAACGUUCGCUAUUAAAUAGUAUUCGUCAAAAAAUAUCGGCAAAGCAAGAAAUCACUACACGUAAUCAGAUACAAAAUGAUACUUCAAUAUUCAAUGAUUUACAAAGCAUAGAAAAUGAUAUAAAUACACGAUUGGGUCGAGGUGAAAUGCUUAUUGAAAUAGCUCCUUUGGAUUUGGAUAAUUCAGUCACAGUUAGUCUUAAAACUUAUGUUUCAACAACAUCUUCAAUGUAUAUAAAAGAAACAUCAACAGUAAAUCAACCAGUCAAGCCAAAACAUCGAUCAGCAGAUGAAAUAGCCCAUGCGCUUAGUCGAUGGUUGCAAGUCAAACAAGAGAAAGAAUCAGUUACGUUGAAAGAACUAGAGGAUACGAAACAAAAGAAACGAAACCAUGAAGAAAAUUCAUGGAUGAGAAAGAGACAAUGUGAUGAUGCUUAUACAAAGUGGUUGAGUAGGAAAAAUGAACUGAUUAAGAAAAAAUCAAAUCUAAAUGAUAGCGGCGUAAAGAAAGAAACAACUGAAACAUAA